CUCUAAAGUGAAAGGGGACACUCUGGGAAUUAAGCCAUGCUGGCUCUCUUGUGUUCUCGGGGUCCCCGCUUUUCUCUCAGGGUCGCUCUCACCUCUUGGUGAUUCGGAACCUCCAGGAGGACGCUUCAGCGGGUCCGGAGCCUGGACGGCAGAUGGUGCAGUGCUGUCAGGUGAAGAGGCCUUGCUGGUGGAUUUAAAGCAGAGUCUCAAGCUACUGCUGUGAUUUCAUCUUCUGGCCUGAAAGGGGAGUCCCAGCAGGGGGACAUUUCUCUUCAUAAUCUAGCCUGAAAAGGAAGUCAAGAGAAGGAGAAAAUGGCAGUUUUUCAGCCAAGCUGCUGCCUCUGGACUGUGGAGGAAGAGCCCCUCGUUGAGGAUCCUGAAGCUACAAACACAGACAAUGCUUCAUACCCUUCUGCUUUCCCUCCUCCAGCUUCUCUGCAGCAGCAAGAGGCCGACUGUCAGGACACAGUCAACUGUGAAGACGUCAUUGUGACCUUCACUCCUGACGAGUGGGCAUUGCUACAUACUUCCGAGAAGAAACUCUAUGGAGAUGUGAUGGGGGAGACCUUCGGGAAUCUGGUCUCCAUAGGAACAUUAUGGGAGGAUCAUGCCAUCAGAGACCACUACAACAACCAAGGAAGGAAACAGAGAUACAUAGUAGAGAUAAUCUGGGAAGGCAAGGAAGGAAAUAAAGAUGGAGAGAACCCCUAUGAAUAUAAAGUAUGUAGCGAUGCAUUCAGUUUUCCCAGUGUUCUUCAGACCCAUCAAAGAAUUCAAAGAAUUCACACUGGAGAGAAACCGUACGGAUGUGAAAUAUGCCGCAAAUCAUUCAGUUCUUCCAGUUACCUUCAGAUUCACAAUAGGACCCAUAGCGGAGAGAGACCAUACGUAUGUAAAAUAUGUACAAAAGCAUUCAUUCGCUCCAGUGCUCUCCGGAUGCAUUUAAGGACCCACAGCGGAGAGAGACCUUACUCCUGUAAGAUAUGCGGUAAAGCAUUCAUCCGUUCUAGUUCUCUGCAGAUGCACGUGAGAACUCACAGUGGAGAAAAGCCCUAUAUCUGUAAACUCUGUAGUAAAGCAUUCACUCGGUCCAGCUCUCUGCAGGUACACCUGAGAAGUCACAGUGGAGAGAAACCGUACACAUGCAGGAUCUGUAGCAAAGCCUUCAUUCGUUCCAGUUCUCUCCAGAUACACGAAAGAACGCACACUGGGGAGAAACCUUACGAGUGUAAAAUAUGCAGCAAGGCGUUUAAUUGUUCCGGGAACCUCCAGAUACACGAAAGAACCCACACGGGCGAGAAGCCCUACGAGUGCAGGGUGUGUAGGAAAGCGUUCAGUCAGUGCAGUCACCUGCAGAUCCAUGAAAGGACACACAGUGGAAAGAAACCCUAUGAGUGUAAGCUAUGCAGUAAGACAUUCCAUUACUCCAGCUCCCUGCAGAUACACGAAAGGGUGCACAGCGGAGAGAGGCCUUACGUCUGUAAGAUAUGUAGCAAGGCUUUCAUCUCCGCCAGUUACCUUCAGGCACACGAGAAAACACACAGUGGCGUGAAGCACCACGAAUGCAAGAUCUGCAGCAAAACAUUUGCUUCCAACAGUUACCUGCAGACCCACGAGCGUAUGCACUAUGGAGAGAAACCCUACGAGUGUAAGAUAUGUAGCAAGGCGUUCAGUUCUGCUAGCUAUCUCCAAACACACGAGAAAAUGCACAGCGGGGACAAACCCUUUGAAUGUAAACUGUGUAGCAAAUCCUUUGUUCACUACAGUUCCCUUCACACACACGAGAGAACUCAUAGCGGCGAGAAACCCUUCCCAUGUAAGAUAUGCAAUAAGGCAUUCCGUUCCACCAGUAACCUUCACGCACACGAAAGAAGGCACAGCGGAGAGAGACCCUAUAAGUGCAUAAUAUGCAGUAAGUCCUUCGGUUCUUUCAGUCAUCUUCAGAGACACAACAAAACCCACAGUUCAGAGAAACCCUACUAAGGUCAGCUGUGGGAAAUGAAUUUAGUUCCCGCACAUGUAUUUUCAGAUACAAGAAAUAAAAUGGUGUAGAGAGAAACCCCAUGGGUAUAAAUGUUGUCGUAGAGAUACUUAAGUCAUUCCAGUCAUCAUCUUCAAAUGCAGGAAGCCCUAGGGAUGUAAAACCCUUUUUUUUUCUUUUAAAUAAAAGCCACACACAAGUGAGCCAGCCCAUCCUGGAGGACAAUGAUGUAGAAUUGUCAAAGUUGGCAAAAAAAAACGUUUCAGUUGUUGAGCUUCACUUCAAACAAACAGGCACCCACAGGACAGUGAAGUGAUUCUUACUGUAAAUAGAAUGAAAUGCCCUGUGAAAACAUCAGCCUGAUAGAAAUGAAUUCAUGUAUAUAUUGGUCCUGAAGACCAAUUUCAGAACGAAAGCUUCCUUUUUUUAAUUACAUUUGUAAAUAUAGUUUAUCGAGACUUUUUUUUUUAACUAAAAACACUUUUUUAGAUUACUUUUUUAAUCAGAGCACACUGCUAGCAGAUGGUAGUACUGGAGAUUUUGAACGUGGGACCUCAGAGCCUUGACUAUGAAAGGUAACUGCUUAACAGUUAGGCAGUCUUUGCAGCCCAGUCACGCCAUGUUUGAAUUGCAUCAUUGCAUGUGAACUUCUGACUCUUAGAAUCAAAUAUUCAGGACAGCUAAUUAUGCAAAUCUUUCAACGUACUAUGAGAAUGGUAGGUACAGGCUUUUUUUUUAAUUAUUCGUAGUAGUAGAACAGUUAAUAUCUUUCCAUGUUGAAGUCUGUUAGAUUUAUAGUACAACUUGAAGUGUAUUUUUAACAUGCCAUUAGGUUAACUCCUUUUUUUUUGUUAAGAAAUGACACUUAAGACAUAUGAAUUUUCCUAAUGGUCUGUGCCAUUUCUGGGUUAUGUAUAUAUAUAUAUAGUUUCUUCUGUAAUGUGUGUCCCCUUUUUUGCCACCAAGAAGCUUGGUGCCUGCAUGAUUUUACCAUUCCCAAUGGCCAUUUGUCCUUUUUGUCUUUUCCUUUUUUUUUUUUUAAUAGCGGGUGAAUAUGUGUGUGAGAGGAGACACCUGUAGCAAUGCUCUCCUGUUCAUGAAACUUAAGCCUGCCUGUGGGGACCAGACUCUUGAACCUGGGUCCCUAUGAAUGGGUGAACCACCACCAGCCAUUUUUUUUUUAAUUUUUUCAUUUCCUUACAAAACCUUGGAAUACACUUAGAUGACAGUAAAGACUUUGGAUUCAUUGAACUACUAUCUUUUUUUUAAAAAAGAGAAAGUUUUAUGUUUUCAUUGGGAAAGAUAACCAGAACAUCACUCCUGGCAUAUUGCCGUGCGAGGGGUUGAAUGCAGAGCCUCCUGCUUGAGGGUCGAAAAGUUCAGCUCCCUGGGCUGCUGGAUGAUUCCAUUUUAGAUAAGUGCUUGGCCUUUUUACCUAGAUAUUUGCUGGAUAGACUGAAUUAAGAGAGACCUAUGCCCUAGUCAAGUAAAAUCUAGAACUGGAGUCAUUCCGUUAUGGGCAAUUUAAGAAUUUGUACUUUCCAGAAGCCAUAUUCUUUUUGUUUCCAUGAGAGAAUUUACCUGGAGCUCAAUUAGCAUGACUUAAAAAGUCAGGUACAAAAAGGAAGACAAUAGUUAUAAGAGUCACCAUUCAGAAAGAGAUACUCACAGGAGCUGAAAGAACACUUUCUUACAAGAUUGUUGCCCUCUGUCUUUCUUAUCAAAGACAUCCACAAAGCCAGCAAUUGGACUGCAGCUCAGUGAUAAAAACACAGGAUUUCUGUGAGGUCCUAUGUCCAGUCUCUGGCACUGCAUUUGAUAGAAUAUAGCUGUUCUCUUGAGUAAAGAGAAGUCUUAAAAAUGCAGGGUGGUGGCCCAGUCGGUAACAACGAUGAGAAAAGAGCAUUGAACUCUUCAAGCAUGAGAUCCUAAGACUGAUCCCUGGCAUUGGCACGUGUGGUAGCAAUGCUCAGAUUCUCCCUCUCUUCCCAUGAAUAAAUCUUUAUGAAAUACUGGGUAAAAACGUAAACUAGCUCUGGUGUAUGAUACCAGAUUCAAGGGGGUGGUGGGUUGGGUGGGGGAGGGGAGGCGGGGAGUUGUGUUUUUCAACGUAUGAUGGUGGAGGAAGACAGCAGAGUGUGUAGACGCCUAUCAUAGUAAAAAAAAAAUUGCUUAUGUAAUUAAUAGCUAUCUU